AUGAAUGGCCAGCCGGUAAUCCGGAAGCCGACAUCGGUGAACAAGUUGGUCGAGCCGACCGUAUGCUUGGGGAAUCUGCUGCUGAUCGAUCACGAUCCUUUCAGUGAAGAAGCUCAGCACAGCAAUGAGGAUCUCUUGGCUCGCGCCCGAGACAGCACCCAAUAUCUUUUCAAUAGAAUCUGGGAAUUAAAUAAAGAACACGUCGAUGAGGCCGUUGUCGUCACGCUGCCGGAUAAGACGUACCGAAUUCCCCGAGAGAAACCGAUUCCUACUCCACGAGAGCCGACGAAAUGGGAGGCAUACGCGAAACAGAAAGGGAUUGUCAAGCAAAAGAAGGACAAGAAGGUCUACGAUGAGGCAACUGGCGAAUGGAAGCCAACCUGGGGCUACCGCAGUGGCAAGGACAACACCAAAGAUUGGCUCAUCGAAGUCCCCGGCCAUAAAGACCCGAACGCUGACUACUUCGAGGAAAGGAUCAAGGCGAAGAAGGAGCGUGUUGCGAAGAACGAGACACAGAGGCUUAAGAAUAUCGCCCGGCACAAUGCCGUCGCUUCCAAGAAGACCAAAGGGCCACCGGUGGACAAGACAGCGCUCGGUGUUGGUGUGGAUGCAAUGCAGAGGAAUAAGAAUGAGCUCCGUGAAGCCGUCGAUCGGGCGAAGGUGGCCACCGCAUCCGUCGGCAAAUUCCAGGACAAGAUCCAGGGCGAGAAGCCAAAUGUCAAGAAGGGAAUCAAGAGAAAGUUCGAGCCGAACAUUGCCGUGAUGGCGGGCGAGAAGGAACGCAACAAGUCCAUCCUCGAACGACUCGCGGCCAAGAAGCCCAAGCUGAACGCCGAGAAAUUGGCUGCCGUUGCCCCGAAAGAGGCGAUUGAACGUAAGAAAACGAAGGAGCCCCCACGUAUGAAGUCGCGGAUACACAAGCAGCAAUUCUACGACCGCAACAUCAAGCACAACAAGGGCGGCGGCGGCGACAAGCGCAAGGGCGCCAACGCCAAGAAGGCCAAGGGAGGCGGAAAGGGCAAGGCCGGAAAA